UCAAAAUUGAUCGUUAAUUUCCAGGAAAGUAUUUCAGCGCAGAGUGAAAUUUUUUCACCCCUUAAACCUGAACGGCUCAAGUUGAUCUCGAUAUGUCCAAGAAUAUUUUUUGAACAAAAAUAUAUGUAUAAAACUGUAUAUUUAUCCGGAAAUAGUGUUUUUAAAAUACAUGUAUUGAAUAUCAAACGGCUACUAACUAAGAAUUACUUGCGAUAGAUGGAUGUUUACAAUAUCUUCUGAUUAUGCUUUUGAUCUUCCUACAAGAAAAUGGCAGCCUUAGGUGCAGAAUGCGGAGAUUUUCUAGAGUUUCAGGAUGCAUUACAAAAAAUGCGGCAAAUUGAUGAUAAAAUUAUUUAUAUGCUGAAUGCUAUAAUUCCAACAGAGUCAUUCAAAAGCCAAGUUGACCCCAAGGCUCAAUGCAAGGAAUUAUUUGAACAAAUUCAGUCAGGUCAUAAAGAAAGAGAAAUGGCCAUUACAAGAUGUUUAAAUGCAUCAAAAGAAAAAGUACAGCAAUUGAAAGCGCAAAGAGAUAAUGGUGAUGAUAGCUUACAACUUCUUAAAACAUUAAGGAAAGAACAGAAUACUUUACGUUUGUUACAGUCAGAAUUAGGAGUAGAAGAAAUUGUAAAAAAACGUACAGUUGAUGUAUAUCAAGAAAAAUGUCGUAGUUUUUAUAAACCUAUAAAUAUAAAAUCAUAAUAAUGUAAAUAAUUAUAUGAAUAGUUAGAAACAUCCUUUUUUAUACCAUUA